AUGACCGUAUCUGCAGACCAAGACGACGCUCAGCAGAGUCUACCACGUCACAAGAGCCUACGAACACGGACAGGCUGUCUCAAUUGCCGCAAGAGGAGGCGGAAAUGCGAUGAGCAGCGGCCAUCAUGCGGCGGGUGCAGAAAGAAGAAACAACACUGUUUGUGGGGGUUGAAGCUCAGCUUUCGGGAUGAGAAUGCGCAGCAUCUCGGCAGAAACCAUCCUUCCAUGCGACGUUUCUCAAGACGAGGCCCAAUGCAAUAUGAGAUUCUGGACGUAACCUCUGAGGUGAUGCGUGACUAUAGCCUUUCGUUGCCGCCGCCUCGGAACUUUGCUCAUGAUGAACAUGGUACGCAUUUCAACGCGGGACAUGCUGCUAGAGAGAACAGUCUUUCUCCUGGCUAUUCCGGGGGUGCUCGACAAACAGGAAUAUCUGCUCUGAACGAGGUGUCAACAGUAGAGUCGUGUGUAGCGAUUGGUGCGGCACCUAUUGGCGUUUCGUCCACAGAUCCCGAGUCACCGCUACUCAUAGAUGGCACUGCCUCACCGGUGAGCCGUCGACAGACGGAAAUACCUGUUGCUGAUUUGUCCAACUUCAGGCAACGGGGCCAGUCUGCUCAACCUACUCGCCAAUCGAUACAUAUGCGAUUGGAUCCAAUGUCAAUUACCUCCAUUGCAGAUUGCGACUACCUCGACCACAACCAACGCUUCACCCCCAACGGGACGUCUUUCGAGGAUGGUGUAUUCCAUCCAGGCCCUGCGUACCAUGAAUUGCGCUCUGUAUUGAGACAACAGUUGAUUCAAGAGUCAAGACCGAACCUGUCUACGAGGCCAGCCACCCCAAGCACCGAAGUCAACGGACCCGACAACGACCUUUGUCAAGAUUGUAACCACGGUAAACCGCUUAGCAGCGUGCCCGGCCAUUUGGCAGUCCCAUUAAAGACAACACAACCAAUAUUAUCAAAAGAAGAAGAAUGCCGCCUUUGGAGAAACUGGUUCGACAAAGUUGCGCCUUGGCUAGACAUAUUCGACAUGGACCGGCACUUUCAGCACACUCUUCCCGCAUUGGCACUGUCCAACGACCACUUGCGAUGCGCCAUCCUUGCCCUAUCUGCACGACAUCAAGAGCUGAAAAAGCCGGCGAAGCCGGACCGGAGCCUGGCACUAUAUCAAGAAGCUGUACGCCUUUUGCUUCCAGACCUAGCAUCCCGCUCAACAGCCGCCGUGGCUUCAUGCGUGAUCCUCUGCGUCCUAGAGACGCUUGGCUGCUCUCCUACAGCAUGGCACUGGCAUCUCGACGCAUGUGCCAGCCUAAUGGAGGCCGUCGGGAUCAACGGCUUCGUCGGAGGUGUCAACCAAGCCUUGUUCUGGUGCCUCGCAAGAACCGACGUCUGCGGCGCCCUCAUCUCCCCCGUUCCGACUCUUGCCGUAUCAAAUCGGGCGUCCAGGUCAAGUAUCGACGACGACGUACGAAUCUUUCAAUCCACAAACUUUACCGGAUGGGCAAACUACGCCGUCCAUCUCACAGCCCGAGUCCUAACCCUCCUCUCACCUUGCCCAACUACCAAUCGCCCCGACCCGACAUUCCGCACUCGCUGGCUACAACUUUGGAAGCAUAUGUGCGACUGGCAAGAGAGCCGUCCGGCGCCCUUUCUGCCGGUCAUGUCAAUGCUAUCCACGACCACAAACACCACGUUUCCAACCGUCAUCUUCUCCAGUCCUGCCGCCAUGUCCGGCACCCAGCUCUACCACACCGCGUCAGUCCUUAUGCUCCAACACCAACCUACCGAGGUGACGCCGCCCAAAACCCACAGUGUUCUUUGGCAUGCUCGCCAAAUAUGCGCCAUUAGCAUCUCCAAUGACCACCAUGGGGCGUGGAUGAACGCUGUCCAACCGUUGUGGGUGGCCGGUAGGUGCAUCCGCCAUCCGGCUGAGCGCAAGGCCCUCCUCGACGUAUUAGAGCGCAUCGAGGAGGAGACUGGCUGUGAGAACAAGUCGAGGCGGGAAGACCUCGGGUCAUUUUGGAGAGGCCUGGAGGAUUAA